UCCGCCGCUGCCGCCAGGGGCCAUGUUGUCCGCUGCGCGCCGCUGAGGCGACCCCGAAACAACACACAUAAAUACAUCACUAUCUCUCCAUUCCUCGGCGCCAUGGAUUCCUGGGUGCGCUUCACGGCGCAGAGCCAGGGCAGGGAGCGUAUCUUCAGAGCUGCUCAGUAUGCCUCCGCUUUAAUUGCUUACUCGCUGCAGAGAAGUGGAGCGAGCCCAGAGCUGGUCAUCCACAUCAAACAGUUGGAGGCGCAUUUGAGUUUGGGCCGCAAGUGUGAGUACACCAAUCAGAACAUAACACCUUGCCACAUCUCUCUCUUUAAUCAUCUCAGUUUGGGUAUGUGUGUCAACACUGGGGAAUGUUACUCCUAGUCUGCUGAUUCCAAU